AUGGCUACCCCUAGUGUUCUUGUCUUUGAUGCUGAGGGUCGGGCUGUUGACUUUGAGGUCUGGUUCGAUGAUCUACAGCUUUUCCUACAGUGCGAUAGGAAGGACGGUCUCUCCCUGUUCGAUCUCACGUCUGGCGCCUCUACUGCCCCUGCUGCCGAUGCUGACAGCACUGUUCGCUCACAGUGGGCCACACGCGAUGCUGCUGCUCGUCUUGCUGUGCGUAGUCACUUGCCAUCCACUGAGAGCGCACACUUUAGUCACUACAAGAGUGCUAAGACCUUGGACCACUUCCUCUCUGUUUGCCCCACCACACUCACCGUUGACCUCCUCGAGGAGCGCCUCCUGGCAGCUGAGAAGAGUGUAGUCGCUGUAGGAGCCUCUCCUGGUGACACUCGUGCCCCUGUCUUUGAGGGGUGCUCCCCCUCCCCUUUUUUGCCCUCUCUUGCCUCUGCUGCCCCCGUCGACUUCGUUGGCACCGAGUCGGUCGACGCUGCAUCUGCCCCUAGCGGGCGACGCCGCACCGGCAAGGGCAAGGGGGGCAAGGGCGCUGGAGGGGCUGGCGGGGGCGGUGGAGGUGGCAGUGGAGGCGGCGGAGGGAGUGGGGGUGGUGGUGGGAGUGGUGGUGGGGGUGGGGGCUUCGGUGGCGGCGGUGGAGGCGGAGGCGGCGGCGGCGGUGGCGGUGGGAGCGGAGGAGGAGGCGGUGGCGGCGGUGGCGGAGGUGGCGGCGGAGGAGGUGGAGCUAGUCGGGGUGGCUCUGCACAGCGGGGCGGCUUCGGUGGUGGUCAGCACCAGCAGCAGCAGCGUACUCGUGAGACCCCGCCCCCCCAGCAGCUUCGUGAGUGGUACUCUACGCGUUAG